UCUGGCCUAUGUUGCAUCGUCAAUAUGUACGCUCGCGUAAGCUUGAAAUGCAGAGGGUUGACUAGAUGGAUAAAGACGGCGAGCAAGGCAAACAGUGAGUAGUGUCGAAUGACCUCGGUAUAGGAUAUCUACCAGAGUCUCACCCUAUUUGUAAUCCCUCAAACAGCAGACUGACGUCUUGUACCACCAUCACCCUCUCAAGUUGGACAAGGCUUACUAAUGACUGUUCCAUUCUUCAAGUAGCCUGUAGUGAUAUAUGUGAGCCGGACACUCCUUGGGCCUCUGUUUCUACAACACAAACACUUAAUAACCCGGCGCCAUGGCCCCCAUUCGAGUAGGUAUCGUUGGCCUUUCGAGCAAGCCAGGGACAUGGGCAAGUUUGGCUCACUUGCCGCGACUUGCAUCGUCUCCCAAUUACCAGAUCGUUGCACUGUGCAACUCAUCACUUGAAUCUACAAAGGCUGCCAUCAAAGCACAUAACCUGCCUCCAACGACCAAGGCUUAUGACAGUUACGAAGGACUUGCAUCCGAUCCCGAUGUUGACCUCUAUGUCGUAUCCACUCGAGCCGAUACUCAUUAUGAGGUCGCCAUGCCCGCGCUCAAAGCAGGACGUAACGUCUUUGUAGAGUGGCCCCUCGCAGCAACGACGGAGCAAGCAAAGGAGAUGGCCGCGCUGGCGAGACAGAAGAACCUCAACACGAUCGUGGGUUUUCAAGGUCGAAUGUCACCAAGUGCGAGAAAAGUCAAGGAGCUCGUCGACACGGGUGCAUUGGGUGAGAUCCACAGCGUCAACUACCAAGGAGCAAUCCAUGUGUGGCAGAACAACGCAGCCAGCGAGCGAUAUGACUACUUCAUGGACAGGAAGAUCGGAGGUAACCUCCUGACCAUAUAUGGUGGACACAUCUUGGAUUCCAUCCUGUAUGCCGUUGGCGAGCUGAAGCCAGGAAGUUACACUCCCAUGGCCGUGAACUUGCGACCACAAAUGCAUGUCAUGAAAGAUGAUGGGUCGUUGUCGGAGGAGCUCUACGACAAAGACACCCCAGACCAGAUUCUUCUGCAGGGACGACUGGACAGGACACCUGCAGCGGUAUUCAGCUUUCAUUUGAGGGCUGGAGACAGAUUCAUCGGUAAUCCUGGGUCGACGUGGAGAAUAUAUGGCACAAAGGGGGAACUUGCAGUUGAGUUUGCAAGCGCAGGGCCACAGAUGGCAAAGGCUAUUAGUAUUCGCUUCUCGAAUGCUGAAAGGGGAGAGGUUGAGGAUAUCGAAGUCGACGAGGGCGGUGAGGAAUGGACCUCAUUACCUACACAGGGACAGAAUAUCGGUCGUCUGUACGAGGCAUACGCUCAGGGCCAACCAUAUGCGGAUUUCGAUUUGGCUGUGAAGAGGCAUGAGUUGCUGGAUGAGUUUUGGGCGACCCUAUCACAGUAAUGCGGAGAAAAGUUCCAUUGUGGGAGU